CGUGCCAAUGGCCGGCUCACGGUCCCCCGCUCCCUGCGGGGGCCUCUGCCUCUCCCGAGCUUCCCUCGCGUGGCUGGGCACAACGCUGCUGCUUCUCGCCGACUGGGUCCUGCUCCGGCCGGCGCUGCCCAGAGUAUUCUCCCUGCUGGUGCCCAACGCGCUGCCGCUGCUCCGGGUCUGGGCGGUGGGCCUGAGCCGUUGGGCUGUGCUGUGGCUGGGGGCCCGCACAGUCCUCAGGGCCACCGUUGGCUCCAAGAGCGAAAGCGCAGGAGUCCAAGGAUGGCUGGCUUCUUUGGAGCCGCUGGCGGCGGCGCUGGGCUUGGCCCUGCCGGGACUCGCCUUGUUCCGAGAGCUCGCCUCCUGGAGAGUCCCCAGGGACGCCGGCAGCACGAGGCUACUGCACUGGGGAAGUCGCCUUGACGCCUUCGUCCUCAGCUACGCAGCGGCACUGCCCGCAGCCGCCCUGUGGCACAAUCUCAGGAGACUGUGGGUGCCAGGAGAUCACGGGGGUUCUGGAGACGCGGUGCGUCGGCUUCUGGGCUGCCUGGGCUCAGAGAUACGCCGCCUCCCGCCGGUUCUCGUCCUGUUGGUCUUCUCCUGUCUUGGGGAGAUGGCCAUUCCAUUCUUCACUGGCCGCCUCACCGGCCGGAUUCUACAAGAUGGGUCAGCCGCUGCCUUCACUCAAAACAUAGCUCUCAUGUCCAUUCUCACCAUAGCCAGUGCAGUGCUGGAGUUCCUGGGUGAUGGGAUCUACAACAGCACCAUGGGCCGCGUGCACAGCCACUUGCACGGAGAGGUGUUUCGGGCUGUCCUGCGCCAGGAAACAGAGUUUUUCCAACAGACCCAAACAGGUGCCAUCACAUCUCGGGUAACAGAGGACACGUCCACCCUGAGUGAGUCUCUGAGUGACCAGCUGAGCCUAUUGCUGUGGUACCUGGUGCGAGGGCUGUGUCUCUUGGGGCUCAUGCUCUGGGGGUCACCGUCUCUCACCAUGGUCACCCUGGUCGCCCUGCCUCUGCUUUUCCUUCUGCCGAAGAAGCUGGGAAAAUGGCAGCAGGUGCUGGCAGCACAGGUGCAGAAGUCUCUGGCAGAGUCCAGCCAGGUGGCCAUUGAGGUUCUGUCGGCUAUGCCUACAGUCCGGAGCUUUGCCAACGAAGAGGGUGAGGCCCAGAAGUUUAGGCAAAAGCUGCAGGAAAUGAAGACACUGAACCAGAAGGAGGCCUUGGCCUAUGCAGUCAACCUCUGGACCACCAGUAUCUCAGGAAUGCUGCUGAAGGUGGGAAUCCUAUACGUCGGUGGUCAGCUGGUGACAAAUGGGGCCAUAAGCAGUGGGAACCUUGUCUCAUUUGUUCUCUACCAGAUCCAGUUCACCACAGCUGUUGAGGUACUGCUCUCCACCUAUCCCAGGGUACAGAAGGCUGUGGGCUCCUCAGAGAAAAUAUUUGAAUACCUGGACCGGAUCCCUUGCUGCCCAGCCAGUGGUGUGUUGACUUCCUUAAACUUGGAGGGCCUUGUCCAGUUCCAAGAUGUCUCCUUCGCCUACCCAAACCGUCCAGAUGUCCCCGUGUUGCAGGGGCUGACGUUCACCCUACGUCCUGGUGAGGUGACGGCGCUGGUGGGGCCCAAUGGAUCUGGGAAGAGCACAGUGGCUGCCCUGCUGCAAAAUCUGUACCAGCCCACAGGGGGGCGGCUGCUGCUGGAUGGGAAGCCCCUUCCCCAGUAUGAACACCACUACCUGCACCAACGGGUGGCUGCAGUGGGACAAGAGCCAUUGCUAUUUGGAAGAAGUUUUCAAGAAAAUAUUACCUAUGGCCUGAUCCAGAAGCCAACUAUGGAGAAAGUCAUAGCGGCUGCAAAGAAGUCUGGAGCCCAUAGUUUCAUCUCUGAACUCCCUCAGGGCUACGACACAGAGGUAGGCGAGACUGGGAGCCAGCUAUCAGGUGGUCAGCGACAGGCAGUGGCCUUGGCUCGGGCAUUGAUCCGGAAUCCACAUGUACUCAUCCUGGAUGACGCCACCAGUGCCCUGGAUGCAAACAGCCAGUUACGGGUGGAGCAGCUCCUGUAUGAAAGCCCCGAGCGGUGCUCUCGGUCCGUGCUUCUCAUCACCCAGCGUCUCAGCUCGGUGGAGCAGGCUGACCAAAUCCUCUUUCUAGAAGGAGGCAUCAUCUGUGAGGCGGGAACCCACCAGCAGCUCAUGGAGAAUAAGGGACGCUACUGGGCCAUGGUGCAGGCUCCUGGCGGGUCAGGCGCUCCGGAAUGAAAGACUUCUCAGACCUGCACCCUCCCUCUCCCUCCCUUUUUUUCUCUUCUCUAUAGUGGAGAAUUUUGGAACAGAAAUCUUACAGAGCUGGAGAGUAGGCAGCUGCUUCUAGAAGGAGUUACAUCCUAAAAUGUAACCCCCUAGAUGAUGCCUGACAUUCAGCCAUGAGCGUUACCCCCUCUCCAAACUCCUCUUGAUAACGCAGACUUCCUAGAAGAAAACAUAGACUUUAUAACUCCUUAGUGUAACUGGGUUUAGAGCCAGGGUUGGUGUGGAUAGCACCCUGAAAAUCAGGAGAAAUAUUUAGAAUACACAGAGGGGAAGAUCAUCUACUUUCCAAUAAGACCAAAGGCAUAUGCCGGCCCAUAAACACCCUGUGGAUUCUUGAUAUUUAUAAUAAAACUGGUGUUUUGUAUUGUG